ACUCACUCACUCACUCACUCACUGACUUUCCCUACAACAUCAACACAAGAUAUACAAGCACGGUCAAGCAAGAGCCACGAUGAGUACCAGCCAGGAGGAUAGACCCUUUGUCAGGGCCGUGAUGAAGAUCAAAUGUGCCGCCAUGGUCCACAGUCUUGCCAAGAGCUGGCAGGGCUGGGCCAACGAGAACUCGGUCAAACAAGAGACCAUACCCUCCGGGUGGAUGCCCACCUCCAUCACAGAGGACGAAGAAAGGGAGAAGCAGAACGAGACAAAAAUCCUAGUCAAGACGCGUGUGGUCGAGGCGGACACCAACAGCGGCAGUCUGAUCCGAACGGGUGAGGUGACCAAGAGCCACACGCCAAAGUGCAGUGAGUACAGCAGCGAUCUGGUGAGCUCAAUCAAGGACAAGAUCCAGAUGGCACCCGAGGAUGCCAACAAGCCCUUCCUGGGCAACGAGUCACCCACCCGGAGACGUCUGGGCAUGAGAGCUCAGGUACAUCUGGGUAGUCAGGAGCGGAAGAUGGGCUCCCGUAGCAGCAGCCUGGACUCAGAGGACAGUGGGCUGAGGGAGGAGGCCGGACUCAGCGACAACAGCGACCAGAGCGACCUGAACCAGCUGAAGAAACAGAUCAAUAGGCCUAAGGUACCGUACCAUACUUUUAUUGGACCUUCAUUUUGUGAGGCCAUUCAUAAAAAUACUAAAUACACAAAUCAAUGCAAUACAGUAGACACAUUUCAAAGGUAAACCCUCUUUUGUUUCUCAACAAUCUUGCAUGGGGAAUAUCAUUUAACAUCAGAAUAUUUUUAUUUAUUUCAUAUUGGCAAAGUGAACAAGAAAUGUGGUUGGCUGAAGAAAGGUACAACUGUAAAGUUAAUUAAUGAAUUAGUAUAGCUUUUUUUGCAACAUCACCAGUACCAAUUCAACAAAACCACUGACCAUUCAAAGACUUAUUAGCAAUCGUGUAGGUGCACAUUAAGAUGUGUAAAUUUGUAGAUCCUGGGUGGACUUGGGUAUAAAUAUAUGGAAGGGGAGUUCCCAAAGUAAAAACCAUUUUGCCAUGUAAGAAAAAUAAGGUUUGAGCUGAAAUCCCAUUGAUGAGUUCACAGGGUGAUUUCCCCCCAAAUCCACCCUCUUAAUUCCACAAUGUUUGCCCUACCUAUUUUCAUACUGUUCUAUAGCAGCUGCAGCCACACUACCUGGGGAUGUUCAGUAGACUCUAAACAGGAGCAAAUAUUCACUGAGGCUGAGUUCAACUUCAAUUAUCUGUGCCUUUGUUAUUGUGAUAUUGGGUCAUGGAGUUUGUUCAUAUUGUCUGGCCUUCAAGAAAAUACACAGAUGUAUAGGUAUUGUAUCUUCAAACUGUAAACUUUUUACCAACUGAACAAGUCCAAUAAGCCCUCCAUUCACCCUAGCAAAGAGUUGCAUAACUUGGAGGAAUAUAUGUCCUUUAAAAGGCAUGAAAAUGUAUUGUAAAACUCCAACACCUAUCAUGGAAUAUACAGUAAAUAAAUAAAUAUAGUCACACAUGCCUUCCCCUGACCUUCAGAGAUAAUUAUGAGGUCCUGAUAUCCUUGGUCAGGCACAAGAUUUAUAAUGGUGUUCGUCACCUUACUAAUUCGGCUCUGGACGUGUAAGGCUUGGGCCUCAGGUUUCACAAGAUGCAUUCUCCACGGUUUAAAUGACUCUGUUGUGGAAGAUUCGCCUGCCACGGAACUUUUUGGAAAUGCCAAAGCAAGGAUCCCUUACACUGUGUUAUAUUUUAACGUUAUGGCAAAUGUAGAUUUCCACCUAAAUAGACAUACCAAAAAGUAAUAAUUUUUCAUGAGAUGGUCAUAAACAAUAACUAGUAAUGCUGGAUAGCUAUAGAAAGGGCUGGAAAAAAUAUUAUACAUUGAUGAGGUGUACUCAGUUUUGAGGGCACAAGCUCAAGUACAUUGUACAAAUAUUAUGAAAAUAUAAAAAAAAUAUGUAUGUGGGGGAAUAGGGCUUGAAAUUACUGAAAUGCUUUCUAAAUAUAGUAACAAUCACGUUAUAAACAACUAUUUAUAUGAUUUUACCUUUCUUAUAACUGUUAAAUAAAUAUGAUCAUAUUUAGUGACAGCACAAUUUGGCCCCAUUUCGUAUAACUGAUGACAGAGAAUUUUCUUCCAAGCGUCCUCUGAGCGACGCAGACACACCGUUAAAAUGUCUGCAGACUUAUAACUUAAUAAGUGAUUUCAUCCCUCUGUGACCAAGUGAAAGUGGUUGUGUUUCAAUUCUAUGAAACUAUUUUAUAUUUUUUCAUGUUGACAGCUCUAAAACUGUCUGAGAAUAUCACAGGGAGAUGAAACCAUUUUAUUUAUUUAUUUAUUUAGCAGACACUCUUAUCCAGAGCGAAUUACAGGAGCAAUUAGGGUUAAGUGCCUUGCUUAAGGGCACAUCGACAGAUUUUUCACCUACAUUUACAUUUUAGUCAUUUAGCAGACGCUCUUAUCCAGAGCGACUUACAGGAGCAAUUAGGGUUAAGUGCCUUGCUUAAGGGCACAUCGACAGAUUUUUCACCUAGUCGGCUCGGGGAUUAGAACCAGCGACCUUUCGGUUACUGGCACAACGCUCUUACCCACUAAGCUACCUGCCGCCCAUGAUUGCUGAAUUCGCUCUACUUUUCCCUUUAACAUGCUGUCUCGCAGGCUGGGCUACGUUGCUCAGAGGCAGAUGCAAUCUUUGUUUGAAUAGGCCAGAAAAUGUGAUACGUCACUCCCUAUGCUGAUGUCAGGUGUGAAACCUGACACUUCAAGUCAGCUCAGCUGACACAGUGGUAGCAGAAAGCAGACAGAUGGGGCUUUCUGGCACUGUAAGGCAAUGGACCCUGCGACAUUCACAGAGCGCUUUGUACACCAAAAUGUCAGUCGGAACCGGUUCAGAACCAUUCAAAGUCCCCUAAAUAGGGGACUUAACAUCUAAGAGAGAAGUGGGGCUACUAAUCAACAUAAAUAUGAGCCAGUUUCCUGGACAGAAAAGUACUGGACAUUCUCCAUUGAGCAUUAAAUGGAUAUUCUCCAUUGAGCGUUUUUUGGUCAAGGAUUAUACGUAGCCCUUUCCUGCAGUCAAUGACCAAAAGCUCCCGCUUUGGCCUCAUGGGUGGAAUGUUAUUCAUAUUUUUGAAUGUUUUUACUGACGAGAAUCCGGUGUUUCUAUGUCAAACAGUUUUGUUAUAUUUCAGUCUUCUGUGAUAUAUAUAAAGUGUAAUAGUGGGAUGCAAACUCAAAAUUGAAUACAUUUCAACUCUAUAUCUGACAUAGGUGGUACAGGUGUCUUGUCUUUUUAUUUUUCUGUCCAUAACCAUGUGUGUGAGGUGUAUGCUUUUGUUUCAAAGUAGCAACAAGAAUCACUCUGUGUGACCCUAAUUUAGCCCACUGCAGUAAAAGGUUAUUAAAAUGGGUCCUGUGUCAUUAAUAAAUGGGAAAACUCGUAGUGUUCGUUGUGAAUUUAGUAGUGUAAUUUUAGUUGAUGUGACAAUCCAAUGAAGAGAUUGCCACUGCAAAUAAACCCACUUUAUAAUCUGAUCUAGUCUAAUCUGACGUGCCUUCCUAUUCUGCAGAUUAGAGUCACCACCAUGGGUGACAUCAAGAGCAGGUGGCAGCAGUGGUCCCAGCAGCACAUAGAGGGUCAGAAGCUCAACCCCUUUAGUGAGGAGUUUGACUACGAGCAUGCCAUGGCCCAGCGGCUGCAGAAGGGUGAUGAAGGUUACGGACACCCCAAAGAGGGAUCCAAGACGGCCAUGCGUGGCGACCGAGCCCAGAAACAUGUCUACAAAGAGAUGGAGGAGUUGUGCUGGAUCGUCAAGGACAUGGGCCUCAAGGACAAGAACGGCAAAUCCUACAUCACCUUCGGCAGGCUGUUUGACCGCUAUGUCAAAAUCUCGGACAAAGUGGUGGGCAUAGUUUUGCGCUGCCGCAAACACAAAAUGCUAGACUUUGAGGGAGAGAUGCUGUGGAAAGGCCAGGAUGACCAUGUCAUCAUUACUCUGAGAGAUGAGAAAGAAGACUGAACCUGCAGAUGACCUAGACUUUGACCUAUACAUCUCUCACAGUUUACCUAGACCCACAAGUGCCUUUCAUAUUCUGACCAGCAACAGGUCAGGAGUAGAUGUCUUUAUCAUUCUAACCAUGAUAGCCACUGGUCAUGAGUUCAACCUCCUCAGUAGGAUAUUCUAAACAUGCUGCAGGCCGUUGCAAAAAAUGUGGUUUGUGGACACAUGUAUGAACACAAUAGCGAUGCGUGGGUUGACUCAUAACCUGCAGUCCCCGCAGUUAUAAAAAGAGAAAACAAUACAUACAAAAAUCCAUAAAUGUAUAAUUCUUGUGCAAUUCAUAUCUAUAGGCUACAUAGAGUUUUUUCUUUCAUUAUUUUUAAGCUAUUUGGCAUUAGUGCGUAAGCCUAAGCUUUAGGACCUAACUGUACGAGGCAAUCGCCAAAUGCUUUUGGGAACGGGCAGAAAGAGGUAACGUUGAUCCACUGAUUCAAUAAAAGAAAAGUUGCAAAAUGGAGAGUUGAAAAUAAAGAAGUGGUAAAAAAAUUGGUGAA